AUGGGUUCAAAAGAUAAAAGUAUUGGAGAAACCCUUAAAAAUAUAUUUAAACGAAAUAAGGGCGCUUUAGGCAGUUUUGGAAGUCGCAGCGAAGUUUUGAUUAUAAAUGACGAAUUACUUAAAGAUUUAGGUAAAGAUUCUCCUAUAAAUACAAGAUUGAGGAUACUAAAAGAGUACAGUACAAGGGUAGCUGAAAACAAAUUAGAAAAUACUGCAGUAGAAAAACUAUGGAGCGCCAUCGAAGAUCUGUUCAGUUCAGAAUAUUCAACAGAAGUGCGUCAUUUAGCAUUUCAUUUCCUGCAAUGCCUUUUAAGAGGUCAACUAAAUUUAAAUGAUUUAAAUGAAAUUAUGAGAGCCAUAUUUUUUCAUUUUAUUACACAACAUAAUCAUCCUGAAGAUAUUAUUCAACGGUUUGACUUACUGAAUAUUCUUACACAAAAUGGCAUAAGUCUGUUGCAUUUCGAAGAAAAAGUUGGCAGAUUUUUAUUAAACUGGUUGCCAGAUAUUUCUCAGGCGGGAAAGAUAGAGGAGUACUUGACGAUGCUGGAUAAUUUAGUGAGAUACAAUGCUGCCUAUUUGGAUGAUGAAGUUAUUUCAGGUUUUAUACAGCACAUCUGUGUUUUGUGCUGUAGCUCCAGUUCCAAGACAGUGCAAUCGUGUUUGCAAAUUAUGUCAUCAAUAGUAGCAUACAGUAACAUGCCGCCUGAAUCUCUACCAAAAUUUAUUGGAGCUCUUUGUAGAACUGUUAAUGUUGAAGAGUAUUGUAUGCUAAGCUGGACGGUAAGAUAUGAAUUAGUAAAUUAG